AUACCAACGUGUGCAGGCUGUAGCGAUCAAAUUUUCGACAGAUUCAUAUUAAAAGUCCUGGAGAGAUCCUGGCAUUCCAAAUGUCUGAAAUGUGCCGACUGCCAGAUCCAACUUAGCGACAAAUGUUUCUCCAAAGGCGAUCAUGUCUAUUGCAAAGAAGACUUCUUUCAGAGGUUUGGAACAAAGUGUGCGGCCUGUGAGAAGGGUAUACCACCAACAGAGAUUGUGCGCCGUGCCCAGGACUAUGUCUACCAUCUGGACUGUUUCGCCUGUUUGAUGUGUAGCGAGAAGCUGAAGACGGGGGACGAGUUCUAUCUGAUGGAAGACAAGAAACUCGUCUGUAAAGAAGAUUAUGAAACUGCCAAGGCCAGAGAAUACGAAAUGGAUUCUUCGAACAAACGACCAAGAACCACCAUCAACGCCAAGCAGCUGGAAAACUUGAAAAGAGCUUACAACGAGAGUGCUAAACCCGCCCGACAUGUUCGAGAACAAUUGAGUGCUGAAACUGGUCUGGAUAUGCGAGUCGUUCAAGUCUGGUUCCAGAAUCGGAGAGCCAAAGAAAAGAGAUUAAAGAAAGACGCUGGACGAAACAGAUGGAAUCCAUACUUCAGAGUGAAGAGAGAAGACGAGCUGGAUAGUUCACUCAGUGCUGAUGAACGAUCUGAGGACGGGAUGACUACCGGAUCCUUCCAAGGUAAGGUUUUGACUUCUUCAACAGAGUUUAUAUUGCACAGGGCACUGUAA